AUGGCAAAUUGCCUGGUACUGGUGCAGUCUCCCUCCUCUUUCUUCUUCCCCUUCGUUCUCCUGUCGGCUGCGCUGGUUUCGUACCAGGUGAGCAUGGUGGCCACGGCGCAGAACGCGCUGCCCGCUCAGGCCCGCGUCGCGGUGGACCUGAUCAAGAACGCGCAGGCGCAGGCGAUCAUUGGGCCUCCGACCUCUGCUGAGGCCGAGUUCGUGGCCCGCAUCGGCGACCACGCCCGCGUCCCGGUCAUCUCCUACUCCGCCACCUCCCCCACGUUGACCCCCGUGCAGACGCCUUUCUUCGUGCGCACGGCGGCCAACGACUCCUUCCAGACGGCGCCCGUCGCGGCCGUCCUCGGCGCCUUCAGUUGGCGCGCGGCGGUCGUCGUGUACGAGGACACGCCCUACGGGACCGGCAUCCUCCCGGCGCUCUCCGACGCGCUCCAGGGCGUCGGCACCAAGAUCAUGGACCGCACGGCCGUGCCCAGUGACGCGGACGACGCCCGACUCGACGCCGUGCUGUACCACUUCAUGGCGAUGCCGACGCGCGUGUUCGUCGUGCACAUGCUCUAUCCUCUCGCCGCGCGGCUCUUCCGCCGCGCGAAGAAGGCUGGCAUGAUGUCCCAGGAGUACGUCUGGGUCGCCACGGACGGGGUCGGCAGCUUCAUGGACAGGCUCAGCCCCGAGGACGUCGACGCGAUGCAGGGCGUCGUCAGCCUCCAGCCUUACGUGCAGCUGACGGAUGCCGCCAAGAACUUCUCGGCACGGCUGAUGGCGAGGUCCCGGCGGGAGAAUCCGGCAGAUGGGGGUGUUGCCGACUCAACCUUGAUGAGGCUAUGGUCGUACGACACGGCAUGGGCAAUCGCUGCGGCGGUCGAGACGGCCCGCGUCCCCAGCCCGGCGUUCCAGACGCCUGGAGGGACCACGGCGCUGACGGACUUGGACCGGCUCGGCGUGUCGGCCACCGGAACAGCACUUCUCAAGGCGGUGCUCGCCACGACGUUCGAAGGUAUAGCCGGCAAGUUCAAGAUGGUAGACGGGCAGCUGCAGCUGCCGGCGUAUGAGGUGGUGAACAUCAUCGGCAGAGGAGCCAGGACGGUCGGCUUCUGGACGCCGGAGUUCGGGAUCACGCAAGAUCGAUCUGAACCCCAACAGCGCCAAGGCGCUGAGACAUGGUCCGCUCCGAAAGGCUGGACCGUGUCACCGAAUGGGCGGAUGCUCCUGGUGGCCGUGCCGGCGAAGAACGGGUUCAAGCAGUUCGUGGACGUCUCCCAGAAUUCCACAACCGGAGAGGAGAAGAUCACAGGCUAUUGCAUCGACGUGUUCGAUGAGGUCAUGAAGAAUCUCCCCUAUCCUGUGAGCUACCGGUACGUGCCGCAGAAUGUUAGCUUGGAUUCUUAUGACAAACUGGUGGACCUGGUACGCGAUCAGAAAUUCGACCUGGUCGUGGGAGACGUGACGGUGACCGCGAGCAGGAUGGCCGAAGUGGACUUCACGAUGCCAUUCACCGAGUCGGGGUGGUCGAUGGUCGUGGCGGCGCAGGAGGACACGGGCUCAAACAUGUGGGUCUUCGUGCGGCCGCUAAGCACAGGCCUCUGGCUCGCCAGCCUCGGCUUCUUCUGCUUCACCGGCUUUGUCGUGUGGGUGAUCGAGCACCGGAUCAACCCCGAGUUUCGAGGCACGCCCUGCCAGCAGUUCGGCCUCAUCUUCUACUUCGCCUUCUCGACUCUCACUUUCUCACACAGGGAGAAGCUGCAGAGCAACCUGUCGAGGUUCAUCGUCAUCAUGUGGGUCUUCGUCGUCCUGAUCCUGACGUCGAGCUACACGGCGAGUCUGACGUCGAUGCUGACCGUCCAGAAGCUCCUGCCGACGGUGACCGACGUGAGGGAGCUCCAGAGAAACGGCCACUACAUCGGGUACCAGGAGGGCAGCUUCAUCGAAUCCUCGCUCCAGAAAAUGGGCUUCGACCAGAGCAGGAUGAGGAAGUACAACUCGUCCAAGGGGUACGCAGACGCGCUAUCCAGAGGCUCGGCGAAGGGCGGGGUCGCCGCGGUGUUCGACGAGAUCCCGUACCUGAAGCUCUUCCUGUCGGAAUACUGCAAGGACUACAUGAUGGUCGGGCCCAUCUACAAGACUGUCGGCCUGUCAUUUGUGUUCCCGAAGGAUUCUCCAAUGACGGGGGACGUGUCGCGGGGUAUACUGACGCUGGCGGAAGGAGAGAAGAUGUCCAAGAUCGAGAAGGCGUGGUUCGGGGAGCCGGAUGCGUGCCUGCAACAGAGCAGCGCCGAGGUCGCCCCGUCGUCCGGCCUAAGAUUCAAGAGCUUCGGAGGGAUAUUCCUCCUAACCGGCCUGGCCUCCGGCCUCACGCUGCUCGUCUACCUCGCCACCUUCGCCAUCCGCGAGCGCAGCGGGCUCCGGGCAGCCGAGGCCACCGCCGGCUCGGGGUCCGGGAGCGUGCCGCUGUGGAAGCUGCGUGCGUGGCUGCAGCACUAUGACACGAGGGACCUCCGGUCCCCCACCUUCAGGACGCGGCACGACGAGUUCAACGCCUGCGACUGCGCCAACCGGACGCCCACAUGGAACGACGAGAGCGUGAGGAACGGCGGGACGAGUCCGUUCAGCGUGCGUGUCAACUCGGAGAUGAAUGCCGCUUCUUCUCUGGAGAACACGCCGGCGUCAGAGGCGGGCAACUCAUUGGAGCAGGGGGUUGAGGGGGCAACGACCUCUGCGGAGAUGGCCACGUCAACAGUGCCUCAACUGCACCGCUAGAUUACCAGUUACCGUCUCUUGACUAGACUUAUUUCUUUCAUGGUAAGCCAGAUAUUACCAGA